AUGGCGCCAUCCUCAACACUGAUCAACAAGAUCAAGGUCCAGCUGAAACUGUCCAUCUCACGGCUACGCAUGGUACAGCAGAAGGACUCCGCCUUAGCAAAGCAGUCCCGCCGCAGCAUGGCACAGCUCCUGGAACAAGGCAAAGAUGAGAGCGCGCGGAUACGAGUAGAGAAUAUCAUCCGCAGCGACAUGAACACCGAGCUGCUUGAGAUCAUCGAGCUCUACUGCGAACUACUCAUCGCUCGGGCGGGCCUGCUGGAAGCUAAAGAGUGCGACCCUGGGCUCGAGGAGGCGGUCAAGAGCAUUAUCUUUGCUGCACCGAAGAUUGAGGGUGUCAAGGAAUUGACGCUUGUGCGGGCAUUGUUGGCCGAGAAGUAUGGCAAGGAGUUCACACUCGCUGCUAUGGAGAAUAGUGACGGGAAGGUCUCGCCGAGAGUUGCGAGUAGGCUGAAGGUGGAGCCGCCGGAAAAGCAGCUGGUGGAGGACUACCUCGCUACUAUCGCGGAAGCAUACAAUGUCGACUGGCCGAGAGGCGCGAAGGCGAGGCGUGAGGCUGAGGCAGCAGGAACGGCAGGGAAUGGAGAGGAUGAAGCGGAUGACGACGAAGAUGACGACCCAUCCGGCGGUCAGAAGGUGAAGGCUGCAGAGGCACCAAUGACUACCGAAGCACUGAGCCGUGCAACACCACCGCGGGACAUGGGACCGAAGAGUCCGAUUUCCGUCAACCCACCAUCUCCCAGCACGGAUAAUGUGCGACCGAAGGUCAAUCUGCCUGGUACUCCUGACUUGAAGCCGAACAAGAAGAUGGCUGAUGCGGCUAAGAGCAAGGCGGUGAAUGGAGACAAGAAGGCGGAGGUGGGGCCUGGAGGCAAGAUUCCGGAUGUCGACGAGCUUACGAAGAGGUUUGCUCAAUUGAAGAGGUAG